AUGUCCAAGAAGGAUGUGACUUGUUUCUGGAUCGUACUGCUCCUGUGCCAAGAGCUACGGACCGACCCGAUCGCAGAGAUGGGACCAUCCUCCGGUAUCCUUAUUCAAGAGACACCAGGGUUCAUCUUAACAGAGAAGAGGAUCCUGACCAGACGUGUGUUCGUCAGCUUGGACCCCAAGAUUUCCAUCGAGAAGGCAUACAACAUUUCAUCGAUGCAGCUUCCUGAGUUACAGACUUGGUACCAGAUGCACCUCCAAAGAGCACAGGACCGUGUGCGAAACAUCUUGGAGCAAGCCCGGAAACCAUUUGUAUCCAGUUCUAUUCCGAUGAGCAACCGACCCAAAAGGUUCCUCACCGCUAUAAUUGUUGCAUUAGUUUGUGCCACUGUCGGUGCAGUUGUCGCAACUGGAAUGUCUGCAGCCAACUCUAUUACUGUCCAAAAGCUGGAUAUGGAAAUCUAUGCGCUAAAGCAACACAUUAACAAUAUUCAUCAGGUGAUAAACCAGCAAAGAACACUUCUCCAAGACGUGUUAACUAUUGUGGAAGACACAGUUGUUACAACAAAUUUGCAUUCGGAAUUAAUUGCCAAAUCCACUGAGUUGCACCAAAGUCAUGACUUAUUUAAGCGUGAACUUUUAUUUCUGCAUGACCCAAUAUUGUUCCACACACUUGCUUUUCUUGACGAAGUGCAAACUGGAAUGAUCGAAUUGGCAGGGGGACGCAUACCUCUGUAUUUUGUAUCCAAGGAUAUUGUUCAUGCGAUGCUUGCCAAUGUGGAUAGAGAGACAAUUGAGCCUAUGCAAUUAAAUCUGGCCUUUGAGAUGGGGAGCGCUAUACCUCUCUUAAUUGAUCCGGAACGUAUGGAGAUUUGCUUUUUAUUGACCAUACCAUAUGUAACUCCCAAAGACAUUUUUCAAAUGAAAAUAAUGUACUAUGCUAAUAAUGAUAUUAUGGUUGAUUGUACUAAGUGUAAAGUUCAAAACUUUUACAGGUACAAAUAUAUACAGAAAUGUUCAUUCCACGUACGGGCCUAUGUUAGAAAUGAUGUGAUUGCACAAUAUGUCUGAUAACUUCUAUAGUGCUUAUUCAUAAGCUAAAUUAAUUUUGGCUAUGAAAUGCACUAAAGGGGGGUUAUGUCAGAGUAUUUAUAUCGGCAGACAUCUUGUGCUAUGAUAGAAACUAAAAGUGUAUAUUCUGAGUCACUCUGAACAGACCAGACUCCAUUUUGUUAUUCCAAGUUAACAGAAAGACACUAUAUUUCUAUCUGUAAGCUAACCACUUUCCCAGAGCUGAGGAAUGCAUAGUAUAAACAAGUGAUAAGGAAGGGGGUUGGACAGACUGUCUAAUGCUAAAAGAAUAUAAUCAAAUCUAAACCCAGACAAUUGUGACAGAGAAGAUUAAAUAAUUUAAUAUUUAACUGUCUAUAUAUAUAAGGUACCAUUGUAUGGAAAAGUGUAAACUUAGUUCAUGAUCUGUCAUAUCAGAAAUUAUGGCAGGAAUUGCAGACGCUAAGUCUGGACAAAACUUUAAGAAACCCUUUGAAAUUUGAAUUAUGACCACUAUCUAGAUAGGCCAAAAUGACGUCAAAAUAGCCACCAGGAAAAGUUAACUCUUUCCUGGAUAGGUAUGUUUAGUGGGACAAGACUGCCCUCUACAGACCAAAUAACUAAUUUGCGAUCUGGAAGAUAACCACACCUCUAGUGCUUCUAUUGGGUUAUCAACUGAUGACGUACAGAGAGUCUGGCCCUUUAAAAGUUAAGACAAAGGGAAGAUAGAAAGAGACAAGAGAUACAAGACGAAGGAGGCAGAUGCAAGAUAUGCAAAGGAGAGAAAAGAGAGGAAUUGGAAGUUUGGGGACUCCAACCUCCAUGCAGAGACACAUCCAAAUAAAUUCCUGAGACUACCAAUCGGAUGAAAUAUCUACUCAACUGGUAAUUAUACUGGUUUCAUUUAAUUAAAUUAAAUUAAUUAAAUUAUAUUAAUAGCAUUAUAUAUGACUGGAUAAAGCACGGUCAGAUUUCCAUAUUAAGAAAUCUUAGUUAACUAAGAAUAUAUAGUUAUAAACAUUCCAUUCUGCAGGUGGAAUUAAGAAUAAUUAUAUAUUGAUGUGAUAUUAUCACGUGUUAGCAUACCGCUGUUUUUAUCCAGGUGUAUUGAUUUGCUCUAAAUUAAGAUAGAUAUCUUUUAGACAAAUUAAAAAUCUGCUUAUAUAAUGUAGUAAAUUAUCUUAUUGGAUGGGUUAAGAAAAUGAAUUUAAACUGGUUUAAAUGUUAUUUUAUUUAAAAAUUACAUCAGAAUAGAUCUUAACUAACUAGGAGAUCUAGCCAGCAUUGAAAGGGUUAUUCUAACUGUCGGCUAAACUUUACGACCUUACGCUGCACUCUGAGGAAUUCUGUUCUUCGAUGUGGAAAGUUUCACUUUCAGCCUGUGUUAAAGAUAGUAAUAAAUAAGUCUUGACAGAUAAUGCUGUUUAGCCAUUGUAACGUAAUACCCAUUUCUUUGUAUUGCAUACCAAUUUAUACUGAAUAUUCAUUGAUUAUUGUCACGCAUGUUACAUAAUAUUAUUUAUUAAUUAUUGGUUAUCAUAAAUAAAAUCUAUUUUUAUAUAUUGUGAUUAUUUAUAUGAAAUACUUUUCACUUAACACGAUAAACGUUCUUUGGGAUCUGAGAAUUGAAUUAGUGGGCAAUUCUCACUGUUACUAUUAUUAUCCCAUAAAUAUCCCCACAAAACCAGAAGUCCGGAGGUCACAGCUAAGGUCUACAAAAUGGCGGACUGCUCACGCAAUGCAGACAUAUGCAAUGCCAGAAAAGAAACAGAACUCCAACUCACGUAUAUCUUUGGAUUAUUCUGGGAGAAGCUGGAGGCACUGCCAGACAGCACAAUACAGGACUCGACACGGGAAGUCAAAGAGAGGGAAAGGGAAACCCCCCAAGAACCCACUUCCAAGGCGGCCAGGCACCGAAAAAGAGCCGGCCUGAAAGCAGCAGCAUGGAGACCCACUACAAGAAGACACGCCCAAGCCAAUGGGACACCAGUGAGUAAUCAACAAAAGCUGCAUCGCAUACAAGCAGUGAUACAGCGAAGGCCCCGGAAAGGCACGGCCCACCGCAAUCGACAGACGACGGCGGAGCACAAGGCCAAACAUAGAGGCAGCAACAGAGCAACUGCAGGGGACCAACUGCAGCCCACAACCACUCCUAAAAAGAAGGCCCAUAUAACCUACCGAUCCAGCAAGCCAGACCUCCACAACUGGAUGGCUCUCCCCUGCACUCCCGGCUGCCGAGGGCGAGACACAGACCACCACAACAGGACACCACUGAGAUCCCACCGGGCAUCGGCUGACCGCCAUAAUCCUUGGGCAGCCGCACAAACUCUGAGACUGCAGCCUCUUUCAAAGGCGUUUACAACUCAAAGUCUUAGGGGACAACCACACACACUUACAACUAAAUGA